UCACUCGUCACUCGUCACUCAGUAGCUUUUCUAUACUUUUCUAUACUUUUCGAUAUGUUCAUCGGCUGAAUCAGAGUAGGUCACUGGAUCUCUCGUAAGUCUCUCUUCUUUCUUUGUUUUUCGAUGCUAUUAAUCUCAUAUUGCUUUUUAUAUUCAUCGUGAUUCCUCUUUUUUGAUUUGGUAAGAUCUGUUGAUACUCGUUACUAAAUCCCAGAAAUUGAGAUCUUCUCUUGAUUGUUUCGAUCAUCUGUUAUUGGACUAUUUAUAUCCGAUCAUAGGUUCAACAAUAUGGAACAAAUUUGGAAUUGAUGCAAUAUAAGCUACAUUGAAGUAUGGGAUCUGUAUCGCUGAAGAUUGGCGAUGGAACCGCAAGAUUCAAGCGAUCAACGCUUUUUUCUUCAGCUAUCAACCUCCUUAUGCUUUUCUCUAUAGUCACUACAAAUCUCUUUGCACUAUACGCCUUCUCGUCUCGGUCUCAAUCCCACACGCCACACCCUCUUCAUUCCAACAAUGUCUCUUUGGUUUCUCAACAUCUCUCACUCAUCCUCAGAGAAAUCGAUUCCUCCCACCACACACUCACUCAGAUGGAGAAACAGAUUAUUGGUUAUGAAUCUCUCGAUCUCUCGCAACAAGAAGUUCCACAAGAGCUUAAACUUUUCCUUCAACAACAUCAGCUUCCUCUUGGUAAAGAUUCUCGUACUGGUAUCACACAAAUGGUUGCAUCUGUUGGACAUUCCUGUGAAAUGUCUCUAGAUUUGUUAUCUCAGUAUAUGUCGUAUAAUGUCUUUGAAAAAUGUCCUGAUGAUUGGAGCCUAGCUCAGAAGUUGAUUCUCCGUGCUUGUGAACCGUUGCCACGCCGUCGAUGUUUGGCUAAAACGGUGCAUAAACCAGGUCUCGCUUUGUUUCCUGAUUCUUUGUGGAGACCAGUUGGUAACAGUAGUGUUAACUGGAGCGGUCUUGGCUGCAAAAGUUUCGAAUGCUUGAAAGGUAAGAAACUGAGCCGGGAUUGUGUUGGUUGCUUUGAUCUAGCUACUAGUCAUGAGAAAGAUAGGUUUGUUAAGGUUAAUGGGAAGACUGAUUUCCUGAUAGAUGAUGUUUUGGAUUUAGGCGAUGGGAAAAUCCGAAUAGGAUUCGAUAUUAGCAGUGGAUCAGGUACGUUUGCUGCUAGAAUGGCUGAAAAGAAUGUGAAUAUAAUCAGUAAUACAUUGAAUAUAGAUGCUCCUUUCAGCGAAUUCAUAGCUGCGAGAGGAAUUUUUCCGUUGUUCAUGAGUUUGGAUCAGAGAUUACCGUUCUACGACAAUGUUUUCGAUCUCAUACAUGCAUCUAACGGAUUGGAUUUAGCGGUUAGUAAUAAACCCGAGAAGCUGGAGUUCUUGAUGUUUGAUCUUGAUCGGAUCUUGAAACCCGGUGGAUUGUUCUGGUUAGACAAUUUCUAUUGCGGUAACGAUGAGAAGAAGAGAGUUCUUACGCGUUUGAUAGAGAGGUUUGGGUAUAAGAAGUUGAAAUGGGUUGUUGGAGAGAAAACUGAUGCUGAGGUUUUUCUCUCGGCUGUUCUGCAAAAGCCUGCCCGGAUUUGAUUGAUAUAUAUUUUUUUGAAAAAUCAAGAUUUUGAUCUUUUCAUAGGUUAUAAAAUUUUGAGCUCAUUACAUAUUUUUUUACUAUUGAUCCCAAGAGACAAUUGAAAGUGUGAAUUUGUAUUUUGAGGUUUUGUAUGAAUUAUGAUUGUUCUGCUGUAUGUGUGUAAGAUUGUUUGUAAGAUCUUUAUAAGAUCUUCGGAUGUCUCCCAAUGCAUUGUUAAGUUUUUCGUU